AAACAUAUUUCCAUUUUAAGCAAAAUUUAGAUAUUACAACAAACUUGACCUUGAUUCAAGGUUUAUAUGUACAAUUGUGUAGAAAAUGCUUCAGUCUAUAUUUUGCGAUGAAUAAGACAACAAAUGAAGUUUUCACAAUACCCGUGCAAGAUGAAGAUGAUCGCGAAUGGUCUUUUGAAGAUGCUUUAUCGUACAUCGGGCUUGGAAAAAUACACUAUUACUUGACUUUCAUUGGAGGUUUAAUAAUUUCAGCAUCGAUGACAGAAACGAUGGCGAUGAGUUUCAUAAUGAAAAGUGCCGAAUGUGAUCUUUCUCUGAAAGCCGCUGAAAAAGGAGUCAUGUCGAGUAUCGUAUAUGUUGGCAUUGUAUCUAUGGCAUUCAUUUGGGGAUAUUUAAGUGAUACACGGGGCAGAAGAAAAGUUUUGAAAUGGACACUUCUUUGUACGAGCACGCUAUCAAUUUUAUCAAGUUUUGCACCGAAUUAUUCAUCUUUUGUUCUGCUACGAUUUUUUGUGGGAGCCUUCCUUUCAGGUUCAAUCGGAAGUACAUAUCCCUACCUCGGAGAGUUUACGCCAGAAAAAAACCGACAAAUGAUAAUGUCUUUAGCAAGUGCAUUCUUUGGAUUAUCACAACUUUAUGUUCCAACUGUUGCAUGGCUUGUGUUUUCAUUUCUUGACUUUCGUUUGUCGAUCUUUGGAUUACUUCAUUAUAGACCAUGGCGAUUUCUUAUUGUUUUGUUUGCUUUGCCGGGAUUGAUAGCUUCCAUUGCGCUUUUCUUUCUUCCUGAGAGUCCAAAAUAUCAUAUGGCACAGAAUAACAUCCCUGAGGCACUUAAAGGACUUGAAUGGAUUUAUAAGAAAAAUAUAGAAAAAGGAAAGCUUCCAAUAAAGAAGCUGAAAUGUGAAACGAAUGAAAGUGAUGUGUCAAAAAGAAAAACAUUUUUACAGUCGAUUGUUACUCAAGCGUUGCCAAUAUUAAAACCGCCAUAUGUCAAACAUCUUGUUGUUAGUUUUCUCAUUGUGUUUGCUAUAUUUUUUACAUCUGCUUCCCUUGGUUUAUGGUACAUGGAAAUCGAAAAUCGUGUUUCAAAGUCUACGAUCAAAGGCACUCUUUGCAGCGUUAUUUUUCCAUCUAAAAUCAGUUCAAUAAUGAAUUCUACUGCAAUCCAAAAUUCACUGCAAGAAUGUGAUGAAACCAUUUCCAAUGACGUCUAUGCUCCUGCUUUCAUUCUCGGUAUAUUUUACACUUCAACUUUCAUCUUCAUUACUUGUUUUUUGAAUUGCAUGAGUCGUUGCUUCAUAUCGGGUCUUUUCCUUUUUACAUCCUUUUGUUGCGGACUAUCCCUUUUUUGGGUAACACAACCAAUGGUAACUCUGAUUACAUUUACAUCUUUUCUUUCGAUGAGUGGCCCUAUUGUUUCUGUCGUAACGGGAAGUGCUGUAUUACUUUUUCCUACCAACUAUCGUGCAAUGGCAUUGUGUAUAAUCCUGACUAUGGGAAGAGUUGGAUCUGUUGUUGGAAGCAACUUUAUCGGAAGGUUUUUUGAGAAUAAUUGCGAGAUGACGAUUGGAGUUUUAGCAGGCAUGGUUUUUGGGGCUGGUCUUUUAAACAUUUUACUCUCUUUUAGUUCAGUUUAACAAUUAAAAUGUAAAAUUUGUGUUCUAUUAACACGAUAAAUAAUAAACAUAUGCUCCAUUUGACUUUGAUUUUACAAAGAGAAAUAUUUC